AUGGUGUUGGUGGGGAAGACUGGAUCAGGGAAGAGUGCAUCAGGAAACACCAUCCUGGGGAAACAAGGCUUUCAGUCUAAGCCGUCACCUAAAUCUGUGACGGAAGAGUGUCAGAUAAAUGAGGUCAUGUCAGGAGAAAAGACCAUCUCAGUUACUGACACACCAGGUGUGUAUGACACAGACUUCACAAAUGAGGCUUUGAGGCGUGAGUUGGAAAGCUGUAUUUACCUGACAGCUCCUGGACCCCAUGUGUUCCUGCUAGUGAUCAGUGUUGGGGUUAGAUUCAGCAUGGAAGAGAAGGAUGCAGUGCAGUGGAUCUGUGAUCAUUUUGGGAAGGAAGCUUUACGGUACGCAAUAGUACUCUUCACCCACACUGAUGAGCUCAAAGAUAUGACCUUAGAGCGAUAUGUUGAUGAAAGUGAUGAUCUCCGGACGCUCAUUAGUGACUGUGAAGGAAGAUCUCAUGGUUUUAACAAUAAUGGCGGAAAUCCACGUCAGGUCACUCAACUGCUGCAGAAAAUUGAAUGCAUGGUGGAGAGCAACAGAGUGAGGGGAAGAGAGUACUAUACCAAUGACAUAUACAAGAGAGCCUAG